ACUUUCCCUCUGGACAGGUUUUGAUAAAUCUCCCCCUAUGAGAACGGUGAGGAAUCUACACAUCACAUAACUACACGGAAGGUUCUUGUCAAUGUUCUCAAGGCAGCUGGGACCAUAGUCACCAAGAAAACAGUUAGUGACACUACAUUGUGAAGUACUGAAAUUCAACAAGGUCCCCAUGCUCAAGAAAGCACAUUUCAGUACACUGGUACAACUGUGCACAAAGCAGCAUCCUUCCAACUUGUAAAUCACUUUUGCAUCAUGGCAAUAUUCCUCUUCUGAAAACUGCACAGUGUGAAUUGACACUAAUCUACUUGCGAGUCUAAUGAGUUCACCAAGGUGAUCUCCAGCAAUAGCAUCCUGAUGAGAUGACCAGCUGCAAUUAUAGAAUGCUCUAUGUGUGCGUACAUCCACCAUGGAACCUAUCACAUGCCUGAACAUCAGCUGACAAAAAAGCAGUAGCUACUCACCUCUAAUCGUCACCAUGGUUCAUUGGACAGCUGAAGAGAGAUCCGCCAUCACCUCCGUGUGGUCCAAAGUCAAUAUUGACAGGGAUGGACCUGAUGCUCUGGCCAGGCUUCUGAUUGUGUACCCCUGGACACAGAGGUAUUUCAGCAGCUUUGGAAACCUGUCCAACCCAACUGCAAUUGCUGGAAAUGCCAAGGUCAGCGCCCAUGGCAAAAGAGUCCUGUCAGCUAUUGGUGAUACCAUCGGCCACCUGGACAGCGUGAGGUCCUCUCUUCAUAACCUCAGUGACAUCCAUGCUUUCAAGCUGCAUGUGGAUCCCGAGAACUUCAGGCGCUUUGCCGAGGUUCUGGUCAUUGUCCUGGGUACCAGGCUUGGAAAAACCUUCUCUCCCCAGGUUCAACAUGCUGUGGAGAAGUUCUUUGCUGUCUUGGUUGAUGGUCUUAGCCACAGCUACCACAGCUAAACUGGAGCACAGAAAACAGCAUCCUCAGAUGAGGAAGUGGAUUAUUGUGUACAGCAUAUCCUCAAUAAAA